AUGGUGGGGGGUCCCCCCCACGGGAGGAGGAGAGCAGGGUGGACGCGCGGCGCCGCGGCGGAACCCGUCCGGCUCCAAACCAAGGACUUUCACGAGACCGCGGCCAGCUCGGGAUCCAGGGGGAACUCCGCGGGCGCCUCAGUACCGCUCAGGACGCCGCCCUCAGAGCAAGCUCUCCGCGCAUCUCGUCGUCUCCACGUGUGUGUGAUGGCCGCCCUGUGCACUGCCCGCUGCUGGCUGCUACUGGCGAUGGCGCUGGUGUCGCGCGCCAAGGAGGAGGGACACUUGGACAGCGCUCCUGCUGAGUCUUCCUCGCUGGCCAAGUUCGUGCUGACGCUCUCCCGGCCGGGAGCUUUCAACAAGACGCACCCGGUGUUCGAGGACGAGGCGGAGCAGGCGGUGACGUCGUGUCCGCCGGGGGAGGACGGCCUGGCGUGCCGGCGGGCCGAGGCCAGGAGGCUGGCCGACUGCCCGUCAGGUGACUGCGAAGUCUGCAGGUCGUGCGACAAGCAGCAUUCAGCAGAGUGGCCCAAGUGCUGCCAACACAACUCCAUGUGUUGUUAUCAGCUUGCAGCCGCAUGCCAAGAAUGCAACCAACACGAUCUCACCAACUUCUGCAACAAGCACUUUAAAAGGUGUUUUCUCAACUGAAUCCACGGUCGACGUACCAAUCUCCUUAUUCUUUUGCCACGAAUAAUGAUGUACAUGCAGCCAAGAUCAACCAGUCAUCCCAGAACGUUAAGUCUGCUGUGAAGCAUUUUUUGUGCGAUUUUUCUUUAUAAACUUUGUAAAACGGAAAUUGUUUGUCUUACAAAAAUUAAAUCACCACCUUGACAGGCAACUGAUAGUUUUCUAAGAGCAAGGGCAUAUGUAAGGUGAAUCAAUUCAAAUGAAAUUCGUAAUUCAUGUUUCUUCCACACCAUGUCAAUGCUUGCAAAAUACUGUAUUUUAAACUUUUUUACCUGCUGCUUGGUUAAGAUUCUAUACGGAAAGUAAAAUAAACAUGCAACAUUAAUUAGUAAAUUUUGUAGGAACCCUAAAAAAUUUUAAUGUAAUUUAUAGGGAGCAUACAAUUUGACUAAUAGUAUUUUUAAUACUAGAUCAAUAGAUGCAGGAAAGGAAAUAGCUAUUAUAAAAUAUUGUGCCACCUUCCCAGCAGAAUAGGAGUAUCUAUUUUGAUGUCAUUGUUUCCAAUUGUGGGUAUAAUAAAAACAAGAAAAAUAAUUAUAUGUCCAUAAUUAAUCACUAUUUUUAGGUUUUAUUUAUUGUAUUUAAUUGCUCACAUUGUAUUAUAGUGAAAUUAAGCUCUAGGAAUUUAUUUGUAAGCUUUACUUUUUAAAGGUUUGUACCUAUACUAUAAAUUUUAAAGGCUAUUGUACACCAAGAUGGUAAGUGUUACAUGAAAAUAAACUUACAUUUCAUUAAUUGUGAAUACGAAAAAAGGCUCAGUUAUAUAUAUUGGAAUGAUCUGCCAACUUUAAUAAAUUAUAUGUUUUUUAACUAUGUUGUAAGUUUCUUAUUUAUAAUUGUAUUCCUUGUUUUUAACAAGCUAGCUGUUUAGAACUGUUAUUUAAAGUGUGAUACUUACCAAACACUAAUUUAAUAUAGAGUCCAAACAAAUUUGUAAUAAAAUUUCCUUAACCUUAAAAGGUUUCCUAAUUUAUUUAAGGUUGUUCAAAUUUUAUCUGAAGUUUAUUUUUUUGUGCAGACACACUUUUAAAGAUAUUUAAAUUUAUUGUACGCUAUUUAAAUUUCAAAGAACUAAUUAUAUUUCUUUAUUUUGUGUGUACUAAGACAUAAAAGGAAAUGGGAUUAUUUUUUGAAAUGGAUAUUAUAGUAAUACACAUUUUUAGGUCUCAAUGUUGAUAAAAUUGAAUUCAUACUAUCAGUUCUUAAAACAUAGAUCAUAUGUCACUAUUAUUCUGAAUUUUUUAAAUAUGAAAUAAAAAACUUAAAUUUCAAACCCAGUGUGUUAUCUUUAAGUGUAAUUCACAUUUCGCAAUAAAUUAACAAGUGGUAACUAUAUAAUAAUUAUUUGUAGUAGGUACUGGAAACUAUUUUAGUUAAUAAUACACAUUUACCAAUAUUUGUCCAAUCAUUGCCAUUAAAUAUUUUUAGCAGAAUCUAAACAAAUGUUUUUAAGAAAAUUUUAUUUAAUAUUGUAUUUAUUUGAAUCUAUACUAAUAUUAUAAAUCUGAAGAGUUUGUUUGUUUGUUUGAAUGCACUAAUCUCAGGAACCUCUGGUCUGAUUUGAAAAAUUCUUUGUGUUGGAUAGUACAUUUAUCGAGGAAGGCUAUAGGCUAUAUUAUAUCAUCAAUAACAUUAGGGAUCCUUACUAAAAGUCCAAUUUAGAAUCAAAUGCAUUGGAGGGGGUUAGAUACCACAUGCAGUACACGUACGAAGUGCGUGUUGACAAUGCCACAGGCGCUAGAAGUUUAUUUCCUAUCGCCUACUAACAUUGUUACCACGCACUAGAUGCCUUAUCAUUCUUAAUUUUCCCAUACAAGUAAAAAACACCCAUGUGAUAUUAACAACGAAGCAAUCAAUACCCUCAUAAGAGUUCAAUUAGUAUUUAAAUCCUUUUAUCACUUUAAAUCGCAAACCUAAAAUAUUGUUUUUUUUUCCUCUCUCUGUGUUUAAUGUGUUUUUUUCUUUUACUAGAAUUAUUUUUAUUAUCUUUAAUUAAUUUUGAUUUUUCAGACCAUCAUUAAUUUUCCUCUCCCGUUACAAUUCUGACAAGGACUUGUGUGUGUGUGUGUCUGUCUAUAUAUAUAUACUAGCUGACCCGGCAAACUUGGUACCACCUUAGCGUAGCAAUGAUGCACUACUUUAUUUUGUAUAGCUGACCUAUCUUAGGUAUGAGUACCUAUUCAAUUUGAACUGGAAUCUAUAAUAUCCUCCAUAUAAAAAUGAAUCCAUAAUUCCCUGGUAUCACUAUAACCAUUGAAUAUAUAUAACUUAUAUAUAUUCAAUGCUAUAACUGAAAAGGACCUUACUAAUUUAAUUAAAUAAAAAACAAAAUAUAUAUUGUCAAAAUAGUGUUUAUUCCAUAGGAUUCAAUAAUUCCACUAAUGUUUUUACAAAUUGCUAAUGAACAACUUGGCAUUUUUAAGUAAACAAUGAGCUCAAUACCACGCGCGCUCUAUAAAUCAACUAAUAGUCUCUGUACCCCUCACUGCUUCUCUCUACUCUAAUGCUUUUUGAUAAACUAUAUUUUUUGUUUUAUGUUCUGGCGCGUAAAUAAAUAAUGUUGAUGGUUUUCCGACACGGGAACAGGCGACAUAUAAUUGGCCAUGUGAAAAACAUGGAUUUUCUAGGUUGAUGCCACAUACACUUAGCGACUGCCCUUGCGAUUUAUUUAUUGACAUUGCAAAUGCAAGCCGCACUGGAAACUGUGAACGCUUAAAGCUGAAUGUCAUAAGGUUACUUUAAAAAUAUUUAUAUUGUACAAAGUGUUGGGUUAGUUUGGAAAUAAUUUUAUAUAUGAUGGUUCAGUAUUCUUAAAUUUUCUAAUUUUCCGUUAAAUUUUUUCUUUCAUAAGAACCUUCUCGUGACAAUAACAAACACAACAAAAAAAGAAUUAGUGAAAUCGGUUCAGUCAUUUACGCGUGAUGGCGUGACCAAGGGAAAUAGGAAUUCAUUAUUCUUAAAUUUUAUAAUUUUCCGCACAAUUUUCUUAAUUUUUUCUUUCAUAAGAACCUUCUCCUGACCAUAGCAAACACAACAAAAAAAAAUUAGUGAAAUCGGUCCAGCCGUUCACGCGUGAUGCCGUGGCCAAGGAAAACGGGUUUCAUUUUUAUAUAUAUAGAUGUGUGUAUAUAUAUAUAUAUAUAUAUAAAGGCGAAAUACCACUCACUGACUCACUCAUCACGAGAUCUCUAAAACUAUACACCCGAUUGACUUGAAAUUUAGCAUAGUUACUCAUUUUGUGAUGUAAACGCUCACUAAGAACGGAUUCUGCGGAAAUCCGAUCCCAAGGGAAGUUUCGGGGGCGUAAUAUAUCAAAAUUUCCAGUUUUUGGUAGGAAAUCACCAUGGCAACGGCUGUUGCUUUGUUGAUGCUUCAUUCGUCUCUAUGGCAACGACUAUUUGCAGGUACUUUAAAUAUCAAAAAUUGCCCUUUUUUUCAAGUAUAUAUAUUUUACUUCACAGUAAUGUUCUUAUGUUACGCAGGAUGACAUUUUCCGGAAAUUAGAUCCCAUGGGUGGUUAAACCCAGGCAACAGUGGGUACUUUGUCUGCAUGAGAACAGGAUUUUGCAUUGUUAAUGCCUUCUGCGUCUCCAUGGCAAUGGGCAUCGCGCGGCAGUGGCGUACCCACAAGGAGGGGCAUGUAUAAUGAGCGGCGCAAGAGUGAUCUGCCUGUAGACUGCCGUAGCGAAGUACGGGUACAUCAGUUGUACGUUGCAUGUACGAGUCGGGAAACCAUCGGUGCUAUUCAUUUUCUCUCCGGUACAUUAUACAGCAUUGUAAUAAAUUUUCACUGAAUUUAUUUUUAUUUACCAUUACUGUAAAUGGGAGAUGUGGCUUAAUUUUUUUCCUUUAGUAUAGCCGUGCGAAGCCGGGUCGGGCAGCUAGUUUAUGUAUAUUUUUCACAAUACCAAUGUUUUGAGCAUUGUAAAAGCCACAUCAUAUGAUAAAUUCCUUCAUAAAGGUUAACUUGAAUUGGUCUAAAAUGAUUAAAAAUGAUGAGGGAAUGGGAAAUCAUGCUACGGGAAGACAGUACCUUGUCGCAGAAAGUCAUGAAUGUGACUGGAAUAACAAAACAUUUGUUUUGAGUGAUGGUGAAUUGCAAUAAUGAUAUUAUUCGAACGGUGAGAAUAUGUUGCCUUGUCUUCUUCCGCUAUUUUUUUGAUUUAAUUAUGCAAAUCUUUGUGAUAACAUUGAUUUUGGUCCAUGAGUCCAAGCUGCACUAGGUAGCCAUUUUACAUUAAUUUUUUUUCCACAUCACAGUAAACAUGUUAUAUAAUAUAUUUAUACUUUUGUAUUUACAUUAAGAUUUUUAAUGUAAAUAUUGAUACUUUUAAUAGAACUCCUAUGGCAAAAAAUGUGCUGAAAAAAUAACUGGUAUACACCAACAACGGUAUUUUUAUUUUCUACAGAACCUUAAAAAGAUUUAUAAUUUAGGAUAGUUACGCAAGUCCAAAAUAAACAUUUACUAUAAAAUCGAAAAAUGGCUGUAAGUUAUGUUUUUAAAAUUUUUUGGUUGUAAUAUAAAUAUUAGGGGUGUGAGACUUAUUAGAAGGUGCAGCUGAUUUGGGUAAAUACAGUAAUUCUAUUUUUACAAAUUUAAUUGUUUAUUUAUUUAUAUAUAUAUAUAUAUAUUAAUAGGAAGAUUUCACAAACUGUGAAAUAAUGUUAAAUUUGACCCCAUUUCCUUUAAAAAUUUAAUAACUAAAUGCUUUUUGUAUCAGCUUGAUUUGAGAAAUAGUGAUAUAACAUAUUUAAAACUUAAACUGUUUAUUUUUUAUUUAUUCACCAGUUCUGCAUGUGCCACACAAACUGUACUUAGCUCAGUACUUUUACAAAAACAUUUACUGCAAAAUAUUCUCAUAUCCAGAACCUUUUACUCUUUUUUUGUUUGCAUGUCGCAAUGUCUGUUUUGUAAUAGAUAAAAACAAUUUGUAAGCUGCCCAUUUUUUUUAAAGUUUAAAAUGUCAGAAAUAGUUCAUGCUUUCAA